UUGUCUUUCAGUUGAAUAAGGAAGUCAGAAGAGAGGUCGGUGGGGUAGGUUUGUUUUGAACAGAAAUCAAAGGCCAACACUUCCAAAAGACAGAAAUACCAUCUGCAAGUGCCAUGCUGUGGCUGCUGCUUCCCUUGGCAGCUGCUCUCUUCCCAGGUGGUGACAGUGAAGUUGGAAUUGAAGAGCCCAUUUCCUACUAUCUUAGCCAGACAUCAACCUUUCACAACCAUUCCUGGGUACAUCAGGGCUCAGGCUGGUUGGGUGAGCUGCAGACUCACAGCUGGAACUUCAGCUCUAAUGCCAUCAUUUUCCUGUUUCCCUGGUCCAGGGGCAACUUCAGUAACAAGGAGUUCAUGGAUCUGGAAAAGUUUAUCCAGAUACAUUUCAUUACAGUUCAGGAAUUUAGCAUUAAUCACUUGAUGUCUGAAGAUCCCUUUGAACUACAGAUUACAAUAGGCUGUGAACUGCACUCUGGGAAGGGCUUCGUAGGCUUUGUGCAGGUAGCUACCCAAGGAUAUGAGUUCCUGAGCUUCCAGAAUGAAACAUGGUUACCAUCUCCAAAGGGUGGAAGAAAGGCCCAGAAAGCCUGCACACUACUCAAUCUGAGCCAAGGCUACACACACAGGGUACAAUGGCUCCUCAGUGACAAUUGCCCACGUUUCACCUUGGGUCUUCUUGACGCAGGGAAGGCUUAUCUCCAGCGACAAGUGAAGCCCGAGGCCUGGCUGUCCAGGGGCCCCAGUCCUGGACCUGGCCAUCUGCUGCUGGUGUGCCAUGUCUCUGGAUUCUACCCAAAGCCUGUGUGGGUGAUGUGGAUGCGGGGUGAGCAGGAGCAGCAGGGCACUCAGAGAGGUGACAUCCUGCCCAACGCUGAUGGGACGUGGUAUCUCAGAGCAACCCUGGAUGUGGCAGUUGAGGAGGCGGCUGGCCUGGCCUGCAGAGUGAAGCACAGCAGUCUAGGAGGGCAGGAUCUUGUCCUCUACUGGGGUGCACCUCACAGUUCCCUGGGCUUGAUCCUCUUGGCUGUGAUAGUGGCCCUGGCUCUUCUGACAGGACUUGGAGUUUGGUUUAUGAAACGCUGGACACACUGUGAAGCUCCCUGCCGUGCUCUCCCUUUGAAGUGAGACCCCAGCUACCCAGGUGCCCUGUAUACCCUGAACACCAUGUGGUGAUGGUACUUCAACUCUCCUUUGAAACCUUUGUGAUUUAUUUCUGCUUCAUGAUCAGUUACCAGUAUGCACUCAGUGUAAUCUAGCAGGAUUUGUUGCUCUGUCCUGGCUUCUGGAACUUAACUCCGAAUGGAAUAGGAUCCUAGCAAGCUCCCCCUGGUUAGGUAAUGGAUUAUCAUGUAUUUCAGAUUCACAUCCUGCAGAAGUCCUUUCUGAUUCACAGUGGGAAGCAAUCUCUCCUUCAUUGUGCUUUCCCACAUUUCAACUGUACCCCUCACUCUCUGGCCUUGGUGGAAGUUUUGUAUUUUCAUUUCUUAAGCUUUUAGAAAUUUGAGAGUGAAGCACAUGCUUUUUAAAUAUCUACAUCCCUGGGGAAAUGUCUGGCCUUAAUGUAACAUGUUCUCAAUAAAACCUGUGUUA